AUGUCACGCACUCGCCCGCCAACCAUCCGACGAUGGAGCCAGCUGGAUUGUUCGACUCUGCUCCUCACAAAUCCCGUCCGUCCCUCGUUUCUUCCCGCAAUUGAAGACCCUUCUCCGCGCAACAACCGCAACUCUCACUCUCGACCCUUCCACACCACUCCCUCCCGCAGCCGAGCCGCCCCAUCCCCUUCAACUCGAAGAAAAGCCGCUGGAUCAAAUGCCCGGCCCAAUGUCAAAGCUGCGUUUCCGGGCUACCAACUUCUUGAUGCUUCGCCCAACUCGCCGGUGAACGCUGCGCUCAAUGCCCGUCUGCAAUUUGUCCAGGUUAACGGACUCAAACUCGCGAGUGAGAUGCUGUUAGAUGGAGUCAUUGAUAAGUCCAUUACCCCGAGGAAGUUUAAGAGGAUUGGAGCGGCCCUUUUGAAAAAAGCGACUGCUAUGUCUCCAUCCAAGGAUGCUAUUGUCGGCAUUGCCAAAGACGAAGGUGUGCCCGUAGAUACCUUAUACGACAUCGGCCGCGAAGUCUUCCGGGGUGACAGCCAAUUGAACAGUUGGCUGCAGGAGUCAUGUAUGCUUGCCGGUGUGCAGAUGGCAAGUCUGCUCACCGCAGCCCGGCAACUCAGAAUGGCGCAUGGAAACAAAAAUGUCUACGAUGCGGAGAAUAUUAGGGAGCCGCAACUCACACCUUCCAUUGCUCGCGUUCAAAGUCUCGCUACCCAAUCCAAAAGCGAUGCAGACGGGCAGGACAACCGUGAUCCGCGGGCUAUGCUUCUCUAUGCCAAAUUUCUAGGUCUAACAGGCCAAUACCGGCAAGGGAUCGAUCUCGUUCACGAUGUGUUACGAAUCAUUGAACCAACACAGAUUCCACCAACCAUUAAUGAGAGCCUUACCCUUAACGGAGUCAUUGAACCGCCGUGGGAAUUGUAUCUGUGGCUGCUACGUGAGGAUAAGAAAGUCCGAGUUUCACCAGCUGCAGUCAACGAAACAAAUAGCCCAUAUGACAAGGACGGACUAAUGACUGUUCGUCUCGGGGCGAUGGAUUACCAGGACCCCAUUGCAAUGAUGCGCUUCGCAGAGCACUUCAAGGCGCUCCGCAAAAUGCAGAGUUAUGAAAAGCUCAUGGGGAGGGCAGCUUCGGCUGGAAACAAAGACGCCUGUCGGAAACUAGCCAAUUACUACUAUCUCAUCUCGGUGGGAUUAGAAUCGCGACCUGGGGAGCGCCGGCAAACAACAAAGUCCCCCAAAAGGAAAGACUUUGGCAUAAUAGAAGCCAAACAACCUAAAGGCUUCUUUGCCACAUUAUUAUCAUACUUUGCACCGCGCUCUUGUCGCGAAUACCGCUUGAUGGCUAUCGAAUGGUAUCGCGUUGCGUGGGCAGAGAAUUGUGUAAGAUCUGGCCUGCACCUUGCUUGCCUGCUUUCACAGGAGGGUGACAAGGAGACAGCAGAAACAAUAUUGCACAAAAUCCUAGAGUUGCCGUUUGAGGAUGGUAUCACGUCACUACGCAACAUGGCACAACGUUGUCUCGAUCGUACUAUAGUUGGGGGAUUAGAUGGGCUGAAAGUGUCAUGGCUUGAUACGUGA